AUGAAUUCAUUCAAAGUCAGUCGCAAACGCCAGAUAAGCGAGCGUAAGCUAUUUAUGGAUGCUUGGAGAGAUUUGGCAAACAUAGAAAUAGAUGUCGAAGUUGAGACUGAAAGCUACGCCCCUGAGCAGUCUCAAGUUAUCACACCAUCAUCUCAAGCUCUCACAGAAUUCCAUCUCUUUCCCAAGCUUCCACUACAGACUAGGCGAAUGAUCUGGGAGUUCACCAUUCUUCCACGUGCAAUUCAAGAUAGCAAUUGUAUGUUAUCUGGGGAAUAUGGAUAUGACGGAUUUAGAUCCUGA